AGUGUAUUUAAUGUUUUAAUUUUCAAACAAAAGAUAUUAAUUUGUAGAUAAUAAUGUUAAUUAAACUAAUAAUUUAUUUUUAUACAGACGAGUUGAUUCUUAAUUGUUUAUAAUUAUGAAGAUGAAAUGUGAAGGAUUAUUAGAUGGAGCAUUUUCUGAAUGCUUUUUCGUUUUUGUUAAUUAUUAGCACUUUUCAUAUUUCUUUAUUCCCGGAUGGAAUCUUAUGUGUCAAUUUUGCCAAUAAAAAAUUUUCACAUAAUUUCAUUAACCUACCUAUUAUACCGUAUAAACAUCCUCCUAUAUCAUAUAAUCCCAUAAAUAACCGCGGAUAUGAGGGAAAGGAAACUGGGUGUACGGUUGAUAAGUUUAAAUUGGAAGGAGUUCCAAGAUUAUAUGGAUGGAUGAUGGAGAACUUCUCAAGGGUUAGAACACCCUUAGAAGACUCUGAAAUUAGCAGAGGAGUUGACUACUUUUACGUCGAUAUGAAUGCUGUGAUACAUUCUGCAACUCACGGGAAUCUUUUCCCAGUUCUAAUGAUGGAAGAUCAGCAAAGAAUGAGAAGGAUAGUGACUGCAAUGUUGAAUACUUUUAAGCUUGUGAAUCCCAAGAAGAUGAUGUACAUCGGUGUUGAUGGCGUUUGUCCUUCGGCAAAAAUAAAUCAGCAGCGCACAAGAAGAUUUCGGCUCUACAAAUCCAGCUCUUCCGAUAACGAAUACUACAAAGGAGAGAAUGGAGAAAUGAAAUAUAAAGUUAAUAAAUUAAAAGUUGGAGCAUACGAUAAUGUUACAUUUAACCCAAGUUACAUAUCACCUGGGACACAGUUCAUGUCAAUGAUGGAUUCGGAAAUUAGGAACUGGAUAGCGCUUCAAAAUUAUGAAGGGACCUGGAAUGACUGCUAUAUAGUUUAUAGCGGUACAGAUGUGCCCGGUGAAGGUGAACAUAAAAUUUAUGAUACUAUUCGUAAAAUGGUGGAGUUGGAUGACAAUGUGAAAAAGUCGACACAUUUGGUAUAUGGAUUAGACGCUGAUUUAGUAAUGUUGUCGCUGAUUACAAAAUUGCCAAAAAUGUAUAUUCUAAGAGAAGAACAUAAUUUUACACCGCACAUUUUAUCAAAAGAGAAACCAAACCCCUACUUUUCCAAAGAAACAGGGCUGUUGCAUAUACAUGGGAAGGACUACAUAGACCUAAAAACUAAUAAUUAUGAAGUGUUGUCAAUGAAUGUGCUAAGAAGGACCAUGUAUUCAAGGUGUAUGAGAGUUUCUGGAACUGUAAAGAAUGAUUUGAACCGCUUUUUGUUUCACCCCAACUCGAAAAAUAGACUGUCAGACGAUUUCUCUUUACUCUCAUUCAUGGCGGGAAAUGACUUUUUACCACAUUUACCAACUGUGGAGCUGUGUAACAGUAGCUUUAACGACCUUAUAAAUAUGUACUAUAAAAUGUUGCCCAAGUUAAGAGGCUUUUUGACACAAACAUACAAAAUUAAUACGUCAAGAUUACAAUUACUAAUGAAAGAACUGUGUAAAAACGAAUUUGAGUAUUUUAAGAUGAAAGCGAUGUCUGAGAAGAUAAGUGAUUACAGUGACCCUAAGAAAUACGCGAAAUACUAUUAUGAAAAUAAGUGCGACAUUGAUUUCAAUAAUAAAAAGGCGAUUAGGAAAAUGUGUGAACAAUACAUCGAAGGGUUAUUUUGGACGUUAUCGUACUAUCACUUGGGGUGCCCAAGUUGGAAUUGGUGUUAUAAAUACCACUACGCGCCGUUGGUAUCAGACUUGGCAAAGGUUUCAGGAACUACAAUUAAGUUCUAUAAAGGGGAACCAAUAACGCCACUGGAACACUUACUAGCAAUCACACCCCCAAAUAAUUCACAACUCCUACCACCAAUAUAUAGGAGUCUGAGUGGUCCUGAAGGUAGUUUAUGUCAAUAUUUUCCAGAAGAUUUUGAAAUUUGCGAAGAUGGGAAGGAUAACGAGUGGGAACACGUAGUCAAAUUGCCGUUCCUAGAUACCAAACAUCUCUGUGAAGUUGCACGAAGCGUGAACGACGAGCUUAAAUAUAAUAACUUAUACAAGAAUAAACCAGGAUGUGUUAAUGUGUACCAUAGAAGGAAUGAUAAUAAUAAAAAAAAUUAAU